AUGGGGAACUGGAUUGAGAAUGAGGGGCUCUCCAUCUUUGUCAUUCUGGUGUGGCUGGGGCUGAACGUCUUCCUCUUUAUCUGGUUCUAUGGGGUUUAUAACAAUGGAGAAGAAUUCUUUUACACUCGAAAACUUCUUGGGUUUGCACUGCCGUUGGCCAGAGCCCCUGCAGCCUGCCUGAAUUUCAACUGCAUGCUGAUUUUGCUGCCAGUCUGUCGAAACCUGCUCUCCUUCCUCAGAGGUUCCAGUGCGUGCUGCUCAACAAGAAUUCGAAGACAACUGGACAGGAACCUCACCUUUCAUAAACUGGUGGCAUGGAUGAUUGCACUUCACACUGCGAUUCAUACCAUUGCCCACUUAUUUAAUGUGGAGUGGUGUGUGAAUGCGCGAGUCAACAAUUCUGACGUUUACUCAAUAGCACUCUCUAACCUUGGAGAUAAUCCUGGUGAAAGUUACCUCAAUUUUGCUCGAAGGAGAAUCAAGAAUCCUGAAGGAGGUCUAUACGUGGCUGUGACUCUGUUGGCCGGCAUCACUGGCAUUGUCAUCACACUGUGCCUCAUAUUAAUUAUCACCUCCUCCACCAAAACCAUCCGGAGGUCUUACUUUGAAGUGUUUUGGUACACACACCAUCUUUUCGUGAUCUUCUUCAUCGGACUCGCCAUCCAUGGAGCUGAGCGAAUUGUACGUGGGCAGACUGCAGCGAGUAGACUGGAACACAAUUAUAAAGUUUGUGCGGACAAUAUCUCACAAUGGGGAAAAAUACCUGACUGUCCAAUCCCACAGUUCUCUGGAAACCCUCCUAUGACUUGGAAAUGGAUAGUGGGUCCCAUGUUUCUGUAUCUCUGUGAGAGGUUGGUACGGUUUUGGCGAUCUCAACAGAAAGUGGUCAUCACCAAGGUGGUCACUCACCCUUUCAAAACCAUUGAGCUACAGAUGAAGAAGAAAGGAUUCAAGAUGGAAGUGGGACAGUACAUUUUUGUCAAGUGCCCCAAGGUGUCCAGUCUGGAGUGGCACCCUUUCACACUGACCUCUGCCCCGGAGGAAGACUUCUUUAGCAUCCAUAUUCGGAUCGUUGGGGACUGGACAGAAGGACUUUUCAAUGCUUGUGGCUGUGAUAAGCAGGAGUUUCAAGAUGCGUGGAAACUACCUAAGAUAGCGGUGGACGGGCCCUUCGGCACGGCCAGCGAAGACGUGUUCAGCUACGAGGUGGUGAUGUUAGUGGGAGCAGGGAUCGGGGUCACGCCCUUUGCAUCCAUUCUCAAGUCGGUCUGGUACAAAUAUUGCAAUAACGCCACUAACCUGAGGCUCAAAAAGAUAUACUUCUACUGGUUGUGCCGGGACACGCACGCCUUUGAGUGGUUUGCGGACUUGCUGCAGCUGCUAGAGACCCAGAUGCAGGAAAGGAACAACGCUGGCUUCCUCAGCUAUAACAUCUAUCUCACCGGCUGGGAUGAGUCUCAGGCCAAUCACUUUGCCGUGCACCAUGACGAGGAGAAAGACGUGAUCACGGGCCUGAAACAAAAGACCCUAUAUGGACGGCCCAACUGGGAUAAUGAAUUCAAGACGAUUGCAAGUCAACACCCAAACACCAGAAUAGGAGUUUUUCUCUGCGGACCUGAAGCCUUGGCUGAAACCCUCAGUAAACAGUGCAUCUCCAACUCUGAGUCUGGCCCUCGGGGAGUGCAUUUCAUUUUCAACAAGGAAAACUUCUAA